ACGAUAUGUACAGUUUAAAUGCAUCCACAUAUAUGUGUGAUUUGUAUUAUGUAGUGAAGAUUCUGUAACAGAUGACGAGGGACAUGCAUAUUCACCAUAUUUUCGUAUGGGCAUCGUACUUCAUCGCUUUUCUCAAUGGCUCUGUCGGUGAUAAGAAGAGCUGGGAUAAAGCCGUGGAAUAUUGCAAGACAACAUACAACGGCACUCUUUCUAGCUUAGGAGAAAUAGAAAAUUCUUCCUACACAAUUCAGGAAAAUGUCUGGGCAAGGUCUUCCAAACUAACGCAAUGGCUCUCAAUUCAAGGGUGUUACAAUAUCCGGCACCAGAUCUGGAAGAAGAAAGGGGGACUCAUCUUUGACCGAGAUGCCGUUGCUAAGUGGUGCAGCGAAGGAUGCAAGACAACUUUUAUCGCAAGUAAAGGUCGACGGUGUGUAUGCUUAUCUCAAGGUCCAGAGGAAAAAAUCGAUUGGCAAGACUGUCAUCCACCAAAGAACAAAUCAUUUUACAUUGUUUACAAAAAAUAUCGUAACUCAGACUUACCCAAGGAGUCGAAGUCGAAUAGCAAUUUAUCGGAUCCAAAACUGAAUUGUGGUGCGGUUGCCUGCAACAGAACUGGGUAUUUCCAGUCUCAAAACUGUCUGGACAAGUUUAGAUUUCGGUGUGCUGAAACCCGUUCGGUAAAUAAUAUGAAUUGGAAACAGGGAAAAAGGCAUUGUGUAAAAAGCGAACCACAGCCGCCUCAAUCGUUCGAGAAGUAUUGUCAGAAGGAAAGUGAUGGCAUUUUCAGAGAAAAUGAUACAGGGACUUUCUGGAUAGGGAUGUUUAGGCCAGUAAAUCAUGAGGAGCAACCGUUUGAAGAAUGCACAUAUCUGACUGAAAACCAGACAGAGUUGGUCAAUUGUUCCCUUGAGCUGCGCUUCUUUUGUACUGGAGCAGGGCGUGUGCAUUUCCCUCAACAGAAUCCUCAGCCUCCCACAUCAACCAUCAAGCCAAGGAGGAAAAGGCAGGGUAACGGAAUUUCCCUUAAAGUUUUGAUUGGAGUUAUCGUGAUGUUGUUUCUGUUAUUUGUGGCAAUCGUGGUUGUGAUGGUAAAUCUACAGAAAAGAAUAAAACGAAACAAGCAACACAUCAUCUCACAGAAGGAAAGACAAACGCGGGAACAAAGUGCGAAAGCACAACAGCCUGAUGAAAGUUUACAACCAAACAAACGGGGAAAAGACGUGGAAGAAAUUUAUGAAUUUGAAGAAAUCAAAGACGAUGAGGAUAGUCAGAUGUCUUCUCGAAACUUUGCCGUAAAAUGCCCCCUUCCACCUGAAAAGUUAAAUUCUGCAACCGGUAGCCGAGCUUCUGGUAUCAAGGCUGCUGCUAAUAAUUAUUCACCAAUUAAUUGCAUCUUAGAUCAAAAAGAUGAUGCCUUUGUGGAAACUAGCAACGAGGCUGAGCCAGGGAGUCAGCGCCAUGGUAUAGAUGACCCGGCGUCAUAUGAAUUAGUAGAACAUAAUUACGAUUCGUUCAACUGUUCAAAGGAAGAUAACCUCAAAGAAACGGACAUCUAUGACCAUGCCAAAAUCGUCACUGUCCAAAGCAGAAAACCAACAAUGGUUCGUAAUAACCCCGAAUGUAUAGUGUCUGAAGUUAGCGCUCACCAACAAGACGAUCAGUACAGACUAGAUGGUAUUUAUGAAUUAGCGAAAGGUGUUGAAAAUGAAUAUGAUGAACUGGGGACAAAAAUCGACAGAGUAGUCUGUUCGGACAUGUAUGACCACGUGACUUGAUUCGAACAUAGCGUAUUUGCAUUUUUGUUGUACAAGAAGGAAUUAGGUACGUGUUUUCCAACUGAGCACUUUCCCUUUUGAGAGGGUGUGUAUAUUCUGUUAAUAUGUUUAAAUGAAAGCGUUAUUAAGCUAAGUUCACGUAUGCUCGAUAUGUAAACAGCGGCCAUUUGCGUAGUUUAUGUGCAGUGCAUGUUGUUAUAACCUCGCUCUCGGCUCCGUGACAAGUCUCGCUAUAAAUAUAAAUGCGGCGAGUUAUUUUUAUACACUGAUGUCUCAAAGACUCCCCCGGUCAAGCGUCCAGGCCAGUGGUCAUUUUAAUGUUGAGAGAGCAUGAAUAAGCAUCUUGGAUUGCUGUGUGCAACUAGAAUUUUAGGUUGUUCGGGAGUAUGUGGCUUUAAGAUAAAGAAGAUUGAUUUUUGUAAUAUAUUUAGUCAGAUCUUUUCGAAUGUUGGUUAGAUAACACCGUAUGACGCAGUGUUUUAUCGUACUUAAGACGAAGACUUAUUUUCGUUGUUAAAGAACAAUAUCGGUCAUUAUAGCACCUUAGGUAGGGUGAUCUUAACAGCAGGACUUGUCGCGAGCUUGACUCCGUACCCAUACACUCGCUACACGACUGUGUCCAUCCGGGAUCUUGAUGGGUUUAUUUGCUGUCAUUUGGAGGCAUGACGUCACGCGUAACUCGUAGGCUUCGCAUGUUGCUGCAUUCGGUCGUAAUCUGCUACAGCUAUAUAUGUAAGCAUUGGGUGUUCAAAUUCUUAAUUGUCCGAUAGCAGGUGACCCGGGAAUUAAAUCAACAUUUUGUGAAAGAGUGAUGACUUUGAUUAUCUAAUCACUAAAUUGUUGUUUUAGGAUUAAAUGUUGAUCAUGAAUGAAUGAACGUGUUCAAAUUCUAUUAAAUGUAAACGUUUAUGGUCUGAGAUUCAGGGAGCGAGCUGUGGCGAAUUAAUAGGUGUUGAGUAUGACCAAAUGGGGAGUAGCCAAAAUAAAGGUUUGUGUUGUGUGUAGCCGGAUGACGUCAGUCUUGUAAGGUACGUCAGAUUGAGAGUGCGAAAGCUGGAUUCAUGAUUUAUACCUACAAUGUACGUAAAGAAUUGUAUAUAUUUCACUGUAAAUUAACUGUAUAUAGGAAGAAAUUGAUUAUCUCAGCAUACCAAUACUUCCGGACUCGGCGAUUUGACAUUUGAUCUGGCCUCAAUGUCAGCCUUUAGGAAAUACCAGGUUGACUAAUCAAUGUGUUAUUAAUGACAUUCGAAAUGUUCAGAGUUUGAUGUUGAUUACAUAUUUUAUUUGACAUCAGCCCAUUUUUGCAAGACUGGAAACAUUGUUCUGAAUUCUGCUGAAAAAAAGAAAGAAUUUCAGUCAUAUUACCAUGAACAAUUCUUUGAGUUGAACAUGAAUGACAACAUAAUCGAUUUAAUAUGAAUGAAUAAUGAAAUUGAAUAGUGGGUGGAUGGAUGGACAAAGGAUAGAUGGACGGACGGAUGGACGGAUGUAUGGAUGUAUGGAUGGAUGGAUAGAGAGACGG